UUUUUUCUCGUUAGGUAGCCUUAUUUCCUGCUGCGGCAUUUUCGUGGCCACCAGUACGGGUUGUGGAAGGGGGGUGCAUGUGUUCGUCCCCCUUUUCGUACCUCUAGUCUGUGGGUGGCAUCAGUGUCUGCUGCCUUCGUAAAGCGCUCCAAGGUAUUGAUUUUUGGUCUAGUAUUGUGGCGAAGUCCUUUCCCUACUUUGUCAUCUAUAUCGGGGGCAACUGUCUCGUGGAGAAAAGACGACAUCCGAAACAUGCGUGGAAACACUUGCCAGUUGCAGCUGAACAACUGCCCCAUCUCAACCACACCACACUCGAACGUGUUUCCGCGCCGGCACGAAGAAACUAGUAACCGUUUUUGCCGUUUGUAGUCAGGAGGCGAGAGAAGCUGUAAUUUUGUAAGUAUUUCAGCAAAGUUAAUCUCGAGUUGAAGCGUGCUUGUCGCAAGGUUCCGAGGGGGCUGAGACGUCGCUACCUCGUUCCACAUUGAACAGCUGGGAGUCCCAGACGAGAGUCAUUGCUUUGCAUGUUGACAGCAGCGAAUUUUUGCAUGCCUUCGAGGGCAGUUCGUUUGUACGAACGUCGCAGGACUCUUCAUUCCUCAAUGCCUGUGCCUCUACCGUCUCGAAAAGUACAAGCGUCGCUUCUUAUCAGGCCCUUCCACGGGUUGCUUCACCGUGAACCCUGUCAUUUCCGUGUGUGAAGAGAAACCUGGAGGGGAUUCCCCAUACUGGAAUUUCUCUCGGAGAUACCGUUCGUCGUGUACGGGUUCGUCCCCAAUUCUGCAUGGUAUAGUGAUAUUCAGCAUUGUGAAACUUUCGAUAACAAGAGAGGGGGCUACUCGCAGAUUCCGCGGAACCGGCGUCUUUCGACAUUUGCGUCUACUCAGACAGUCGGACAGGGGAGGCUACGAGGAUGCUCGACGACAACCAGAAGAUCGGGGUGGCCUUUUGCUGCCUCGGUCUGUGCCUCGGAGGAGUUGGGAUUUUCCUGUUUCUUGAUCGGGCCCUUUUAACUCUGGGGAACGUUGCAUUUCUCUUCGGUCUCGUGCUGCUUUUGGGGGUUCGGAAGACUCUUGCGUUUUUCUUCUUGCGUCCGGAAAAGCGACGCGCUUCCUUGACUUUCAUCAUCGGCGUCGUUUUGAUUGCACUUGGUUACUCCUUGUUCGGGUUGCCCCUUCAGCUGUACGGCCUGUUCCAGCUCUUCUCCUCCUUCCUUCCUCAAGUUCUCUCAGCUGCUCGCCUUUCCCCAAUUGGCUCAUGGAUUUUGCAGCUCCCCGGUAUCAAGCAGUGCACCAAGUGGCUUCUGGAUCGGGACAAAAGCCGCUUGCCGUAUUAAUAUGAGCAAAGAAUCUCUCCUAUCUGUGCACCGUAUUGUUUUGCGAAGGUCCAAACGGUGGAUGUUGCUGAAAGGCGGUGCUUUUCGUAUAAGGGAUACAUGCAAAAGCACUUGUCCAAGGCUUUCUCUUCUGGACGAAUGGUAGACGGUGACUUCUUUUCCGAAAACAAUUCAAUAGCUCUGAGUGCAAUGUGCUUCAAACGGUCUGGCAUUUGUUUUUCCUCAAUUUCUCGCUUUUUGCUGCCUGUCACCGUUGUUUUUCCUUCGAACUGUUUCUUCGCUUUUCCAUACAUCUUCAUCGUGACCGGACUGCCCCCAGGCGAACUCCGUCGCGUUUCUUGCACAUUCACCGACGAAGCUCUGAGCUCCGCUAAUAUCAGACGGGCUAGGAUCGCAUUUUCUGUUCGGGCACACAAAGCAACCAGCU